CUUUCUACAGCUGCCCGGAUUGAGCAGAGCUUGGACUACAGCGUGAAUCCAUGUGACAACUUGUACCAGUUCGCGUGUGGUCGUUGGUUGAAGGAGAACGUCAUUCCGGAGGACAAGGACGGCUUUAACACGUUUGCCCCCCUAGUAGACCAGAUAGACAUCGUCAUCAAAAGUUGGUCUUCACUGCUGUCCAAUUUUGAGAUUAUUAUAUUUUUAACAGAAAUGUUUUGAGGUUCUUCAAAGUUUUACAAUAUGUGAUUUGCCUGCAGGGAUCAGAAGCUGAGUCCAACGAGUACAUCUCUUUGUUUUUGACCGCAUGCUGGCCCCUCAUUCGGAUUUUUUUCUCUUCACAAUUAUUAUUAUUUUGAAAUUUGCCAGGGUCCCAAUUUUUACUCUUUUUUUUUUCCUUUGGUACCAAAAUCUCGUCUACAUCGACCAUAGUAUAAUAAGUAUUAUAGUAAAUAAUCAUAUUAUCAAAUGACCACAAUAGGAAAAAGCCUCGGCUGCUUGAUUUUUCACCUGUAGCGUCUGAUAUGGGCACUCGUACUGUGUGUUAUCCUACAAAUUGGCUUACUACAAUUGGCUAAACCAACAUUGUUCAGUUUUAACCCUUAUAAUACAACCUUUUUCUGUUCAAUUUGAACCCUUAUAAAAUGAACAAAUAUUUCAGUUUUAACCUUUAUAAGAAAAAAAAAAUAAUUCACUUAUAAAACCAACCCAUGUUUCAGACCUGCUAGAAGAGCCUCAAAAGCCCACAGAUCUGAACAGUAUAAAUAAAGCGAAGAUUCUCUACGCUUCUUGUCUUAAUGUCGGUAAGUGA